AUUGGGUUUGUUUGUGAUUCGAAUAGGUUUUGGUGGUGUUGGGACUUGGGAGUGAGGGAAAAAAAAGGGAGAAAGAGGAUGAAGAUCCAGUGUAAUGCGUGUGAGACUGCCGAGGCGAGCGUUCUGUGCUGUGCAGACGAAGCCGCUCUUUGUUGGGCUUGUGAUGAGAAAGUUCAUGCGGCGAAUAAGCUAGCGAGUAAGCACCAGAGAAUUCCCUUGACGACUUCUUCUUCUAUGCAGAUGCCUAAAUGCGACAUCUGCCAGGAGACUGUUGGUUUUUUCUUCUGCCUUGAAGACCGAGCUUUGCUUUGUAGGAAGUGUGAUGUUGCCAUACACACAGCAAACCCCUAUGUGUCUAAACACCAGAGGUUUCUGCUUACGGGGGUGAGAGUGGGGAUUGAGCCUAAAAGACCAGAUGCACCUCCUAUGAAGGAGAAGUCAAAUCCUGUGGGAAAAGGCCCUGAAUCAGUAUCUCGAACAGUGUCUAGAAGGGGCUCUACUGCAUCAGUGACUGGUGAAACUAAUGGAGUCUUAUCAGGGCAAUCCAGUGGAGGUACGGGUCCAACAAUGACUAAAAUGUCAUUUUCUGGAGGCACUACAACUGGAUCUAUCCCUGAUUGGCCGUUAGAUGAGUUUCUUGGACUAACAGAUUUCAAUCACAAUUUUGGAUUUAUGGAGCAUGGAUCUUCCAAGGCUGAUAGUGGGAGGCUGGGAGAUCCUGAAUGGUCUCCGUUUCUACGAGAUGCUGAUGAAGAUUUUGGUGUUGAUGAGUGUGUGAGCCAGGUGCCAGAAGUGUCAUUUAUGGUGCCAGAGAUCCCAUCCCCACCAACAGCCUCAGGCCUCUACUGGCCAAAGAACUUGCAUAAUGCACAAUUUAACAGGGGAUUGUUCGUUCCAGAUGUAGGAUGCUCUCCAGUGCAAAAUCUCAGGCAGCACCAUCUGGAUGCCCAAGUUCCAGAAUGCCGUAGGCAAUACUAACUGUGAAAUUUUAAUCAUCCUUCAUCCUUCACAAGGAGAGAGAGGAGGCAGAUGUGAAAUCUGUUUUUGUACAGAUUUUGUAGUAUGUAGUGGUUAAUAUUUGUGGGUGUUCUGAGGUUGUAACUUGACAUUCUGGUUAGGCAUC